AUGGCGCCAAUUUGGGGACUGGCUAUUCCACUGCCACCAUAUCUCAGCCUUCUACUAUUAGUUAGUUUCCUUGUUAGUGGGGUCUGGGUGCUGUUUUCUAGGUGCAGGGGUUGGACGCAGGUGGCAGCUGAGACAGACUCAGAGACUUCAAAGCAGCAUAAAUUGAAAAAGAUCCAGACACCCACAGGUCAGAAAAGUCCUAUCUUUUACUCUUCACCUCAAGUUCCACAGUUGGAAGAAAACAUCAGGAUGGAUUGCAUUGAAGCUAAUCCAACAUGUAUUUCAGAACUCCCUGUGAGCUGGACCCAGGAAUAUCUACUCUGGUCAAUGGGCAGGAGUCUUCAACAUAUCUUCCAACACCUGGAAAAUGCAAGAUCAAGUCUUAUGGAACUGGGUUUGCCUGAACCCCCGGAUGUGACUUCUUCCUCCUCCUCCUCCUCUAUUCUUGUGGCUCAAGAGGCUGUUCUACCCAGUUGUGAAUGUACGAAGGCAGAACUUUCUACUGACAAUGGUAUCUCCUCUGGAUCAUCAAGCACCAGCUCCAACCUGUCUUACCUUCCUAUCUUUUCUGAAGGAAGAACUUGGCAAUUCCAGAGUAAUGGUUUACCUGUUUCUCCUCAAAAGCAACCAUCUGUAUUCAGGAACCAGGACACAUCCCUGCCUCCUUUUUGGAUAUCAGAGCCUGAGAAAUCAGAACUUUUUCAGAAUUUGGCAGCUCUGUCACCUCUACAUCCUCAAAAUUCUUUUAUUAACUCUAUUUUUGAAUCCCAAGGUCACUGCAAACAACAACAGAAAACAAAAGAAAAGAAAAGGAGCAAGAGUCAUUUGGUAGCAGAUCAGGAGCCAAAUUCUGUUUCAAGUGGGAGACCACAACUCCCAGGGUGGGCUCCACUCCAGCUUUCUCCUUUGGCUAGAGGGGAGCUAGAAGGGCAUAUGUCUUGGAAGGUCUGUACUUUGCGGGAACAAAUAGUGCCCUUGCCUGUGAGGGAAUCAUGGGCAAUGCUGAAUUAUUUAAUACAAGCAGGAAUCCCUGAGCCAGUGAAUCCCCAAACCCAGUUAUCUAUGCCUAUUGAUCAAAGCACUGAGCAAAAUACCAAUAAUAAAUCCCCAGACCUUCCAACAUUUCAGCUCCAUGUGAACAUUGGAGUGGAAUCUGGAUUAAAUAGAACAGAAACAAAAAUUUCACAGUCAUUUAUCUCAAGUAAGCAGUUACAACCUGGGGAUGACCCCCAAAUUCUUGACUCUAAGCCUUUAGUUAGGUCAAUGGGCUCUCCACCUCCCAGAAAUUUAGGAGUUAACAUUAUUCAAGAAGAAACCACUUUACUGAAGAAGGACCCAAAGCAUGUGCUAGAGCUUAGUAUAGAACAGAGAGUCAUAGGUCUUCCAGAAAAAAGGAUACAGCAACAUAAGACACAAGUGACUGAUGUGGAGCUUACUCCAAGAUUACCAUAUCAAAUCACAGAUAACAUAAAGGUAACUCCAUUGGCAUUGCUUCAGGUCAUGAAUUCAAUGGGGAUGAUCCCAGAAUCACAUUCAGAUGUGAUAGAGUCUAUGGGUUUAUUCCCACACCCACCAAAUCAAGGUGUAAAACCAGUGAAGCCCAUGGAAAUAAUAAGUGUAACCCCCAAAUCAUCAAAUCAAUUAAUUGAGUCAGUGGAGGUAACCUCAAGUCCUCAACAAGAUGUGGAACCAAAGAGGAUGACAUCAAGACUGAAUCAAGUCACAGACAAUGUGAAGGUAACUCCUAUAGCAUUGCUUCAAGUCAUGGAUUCCAUGGGGAUGGUUAACAAAUCACAUUCACAUAUCAUAGAAUCCGUGGGAAUGAUUCCAAAGCCAGAAUAUCAAGUCAUGAAGUUAGUGAAGAUGGACACAUUGUUGGACCAGCAAGCCAUAAAACCAGAAGAGGUAAGUCCAAGGCCACAACAUACAGUGGCGCAAACUGUGGAAAUUUGUCCAGGGCCACAGAAUGAAGUAAUGAAGUCAGUGAGCAUGACCUUGGGGUCACAAAGUCAAGCUGUGGAACAAGUGAAGAUUACUCCAGAACCAAUAUCUCAGUACACAAAACCAUUGGAAACUGUCUCAACACCAUUACAUCAAGAAAUGGAUUACAUGAAAGUAACUCCAGUGGUGCUAUUACAAACCAUGGAUGCCAUGGGGAUAAUUCCACCAGCAGAGCCACAUGUUACAGAAUGUGGGGAUUUGACCCCAGAUUUGAGCCCCUGUUCACAGUUUCAAGAUAGAGAUUAUGUUCAUUUGGCCCUACCACCAGAGUUUAAAGAUAUAAAAUCUGUGGAAUUGACCCUAAAGACACCACUGGUCAAUAUAAAAUCUAUGGAGCUGACCCCAGAACCAUCAUUACAAAAUAUCAGCUCUGAGAAGAUAUCCCCAGUAGUAUUGCCUGAAGAUGUGAAAACUCCCCAAAUGGUAGAAUAUAGGAGAUUAAUUCCUGAGUCACAAGUGCAAAGUAUGAAAUUUGGGGAAUUGAUUCCAGGUAUACAACUUCAAGGAGUAAAAUCUGUAGAGUUGAACCUCAAACCAAAUUAUCAAGCCAUGGAGCCUAAAGGAUUGAUCCCAUGGCAUCAAGCCUCAGAAUCCUUACGGAUGAUCCCAGAGCCAGGACAUCAAGACACAGAGGCAAAAUUGAUCUCUGACACUUGUCACCAAGUAGGAAAAUCUGUUGGGUUGACACAACCAUAUUUAGGAAUGACCCCAGUGCCAUUAAGCCAAACUUCAGAAUCUAUGGAGAUGAGUCCAACAUCAUUUCAAGACACUCUUAAGACUGUGUUUCAACUUGUAAAAGUGAUGAAGGAGACUCCAGACUCACAACACACAAUAAAAGAAUCUCUGGAUUUGAUACCAGCAUCAAAGAUGCAAAGUAUGAAAUCAAAGGUGUUGACCCCAGAGCCACAAUCCCAAGGUAUGAAGUUCAUUCAUUUAAAUCUACAACCACAUUCAGAGAUACCCUUAAGGGUAGAAUCUGAAGAUGCAGACACCAUGGGGUUGGCAUUCUCUCAAGUUGAUAAGACCUGGAGGGCUGUCCCAGAACCAUAUUCUCUGGGGUUGACUCUAGGAGAAGAGAUUCACUAUGAGAAAUCAGGGUCAAUACCACAAAAUUUGAAAUCUCUUAAGUUAAACCCUGAGGCAUCCCCAUUAGUGGUUGAAUCUAAAAAAUUAAUUACAGGUUCAAAACCAUAUCUUAUAGACUUGAUCCCAGGGCCACAACUCCAGGGAGUAAAGUCUAGGCAAAUUGAUCCAGAGUCACAGUGGAAAGAUGCAAAAUGUGUGAAUUUAGUUCAAAAGUCAACUACAGAAGUGGACGAAUCUGAGAAGCCAAAACCAGAGCCAGUGCUGCAAGGUAUAUUAUUGGAAGAAUUGAUUAAGGGGGCACAGAAACACAGUGUGAAAUCUGCAUAUUUAAAUCAAGGUCCAUGGCAGCCAAGUGUCAAAUCUUCUGGAUUGACUCCAGGGCCACAAUUGCAAAGUGUUAGAUUUUCAAACUUAUCUCCAGAUACACUUCUUCAAGAAGAAGAACCUAUAGAUUUAUUCUUAGGGGCACCACAUUAUGGUGUGAAAUCUGAUGAAAUGACCCCAAGUUCCCCAGUACAAGAAAUCAAAUUGUCAGAUUUUAUCCCAGAGACAAAGCAUCAAAGUGUCAAAUCAGUUCCAUUGAUUCCAGAACCACAACCUCAAGGUGUGAAAUCUGUAGAACUAAGCCCAGGACCAUGCUUGCAAGAUGUCAGAUUUUCUGAUUUUAUCCCAGAGUCAAAGCAUCAGGGUUUCAAACAUAUACAGUUGAUACCACGGGAUGAGCUUCAAGAUAUAAAGUUUCUAGGGUUUGUACCAGAAUCAUCUUUGCAGUUAAGCCAACAGCCACCGGAUGAAGAUAUGAAAUCUGUUUUGUAUACUGAAGGAUCACAGUUCUACAAAAAGAAAUCUACAAUAUUGACUUCAGAACUACAAAGUGAAAAACCUGAGGAAGAAAAUCUAGGGCUAUGGCAACAAGAUAUCAAGUUUUCUGGAUUGACCUCAGGACCAAAGCUUCAAGGUGUCAAAUUUGGGAAGCAAACCCCAGGAUCAAGGAUUGAAGUGACUUCAGAGUUAGGCCUGCCUGAUUCCAAAUUAGCAAGUGUUUGUUCAGGGCUUCAAGACAUUAAACAGGUGGGGCUUAACAUAGGGCCAUGGCUACAAGAUGUCAAAUUUUUGGAUACAACACCAGGAACUCAAAGUGUGAAGUCUUCACAGUUAAAAUCAGGACAGCAGCUGCAAUGUAGGCAGUUUUUGGAGUUGACCUCACAGCCAGAGAAGAAAGGGGUUAAACCAGAGUUGUUAGUACCAGAACCACUGUUUCAAGAUGUAAAAUAUGUAACAAUGAACCAAAUGCCACACUUUGAAGGUGAAAUUUCUUAUAAAUUAGUCCCAGAGCCGCAGACAGCAUAUGUAGAAUUUAUGGAGUUGACUCCUGGGAUACUGUUACCAAGUGCAAAUCAUUCUGAGUUGACCAGAAGACCACAGUCACAAGACAUGAAAUCUGAAUUGGUCCAAGGACCACAGAUGGAAAAUGUAAAACCUGUGGAGCACACCCCAGUCUCAAAGAUUCAAGGUUUAGAAUCUGAGAAGCCAAUCCCAGAACCACACAUGGAAGACAAAACAUCUGUAGAACUAGCCCCAGGGCCACAUUUGGGAAAUAUGAAAUCUAUGCAGUUAACACCAAAGUCAGAGCUGGGAAAAGCCAAAUCAAUGGUGUCAACUCCAGGGCCAAAGGCAGGAAGUGUGAAACCUGGGGAGCUCACCCCAGCUUCAAAGAUUCAAGGUUUAAAAUCUGUAUCACUACCUUCAAGACCACAGUUGGAAGAUAUGAAAUCUGUAGUCUUAACUCCAGAACCAUUUCUAGAAGGGAUAAAAUCUAUGGAGAUAACCCCAAUUUCCCAAAAGGAACAUGUGAAAUCCAUAAAGAUAACCUUGGGACCACAGUCAAAAGAUUUCGACUCUGUGGAAUUCAUCCCUUAUUGCCAGGUCGAAAGUGUGAAAUCUAUGGAGUUGACUCCAGGUUCAAAAAUUCAAGAUUUGAAAACUCUGGAAUUGGUCCCAGGUAUACAGAUUCAAGAUGUGAAAGCUAUGGAAUCAAAACUUGAGCCAAAGAUGCAAGGUGAGAAUUCUGUGGCUUUUGUACCUGAGCCAUUGCUUCAAGGUGUUAAAUCUAUGGAGGUUUCUCAACAACCUGAACUGCAAGGUAUGAAACUUGAGGAACUGGCUUCAGAGCCACAAAAGCAAGAUUCCAAAUUUGUGGAGACUACCCCAUGUUUUAAGAUGCAAAAUUUAAAAUCUAUAGAGGAGACUCCAGAUUCACACUUGCAAUAUGAAAAACCUGUGAAGUUGACCCCAACACUAACCAGAAGAGAAGGGGUUCAAGAAGUAAAAUCUGUGAACUUAGCCACAAAGCAACAGUUACAAGGGAUGGCACCUGUGGAUUUAACUCUUGGUCCUGAGCAGGAUGACCAGGUAAACUCACUGGAGAGGAUGUGUAUGAAUUUAGAGCAACCAAAGAGGGGAUCUGAGUUAGAAAGUAUAAUGUCUUUGAAUUUAAAAGGGCCCAAACUUAAAGGUACAAAAUCUCUAGACCUUAACUCCAAACUACCACUGAAAGAUAUGAAGUCAUUUGAAUUGGCUCCAGAACCAAUUAUUCAAGAUGUAAAAGCUAAAGAGCUCAAAUGUGAACCACAGUUGCAAAGUAUAAAAUCUCCCAAGUUGACCCCAGGACCACAGUUGUACCAAGUCAAACCCUUGGAGUCCACUUUAGAGUCACUGCUUCAAGAUGUGAAAACUGUGGAGUUAGAAAAAGAGCUGCAGCUUGAAAGUAUAAAAUAUACUAAUUGGAUACCAGAACCAGAGUACCAAGGUGUGAAAUCUGUAGGAUCAAACUUUGGGUCACAAUAUCAAGGUGUCAAACCUGCAGAAUUAAAAACUUCUGUACAGUUGGGAGGUGUGAUGCCAUCUGAAUUAUCUAGAGGGCCAAAAUUUCAAGGAGCAAAAUCUGUGGAAUUAAAUCAUGAGCCACAGUUGCAGUGUAUGAAAACCUCUACGCUGUCUCCAGGACCAGAGGUACAAAAAAGGAAAAUUUUUGCAUCAACCUCAGAGCCAGAGCUUCAAGGUGUGAAAUCUGUGGAAUUACACCAAAGGCCACAGCUUAGAAGUAUGAGAUCUGUGCAGUGGAUACCAGGACCUGAGUUCCAAGGUGUGAAACCUACAGGAUUAAAUCUUGUAUCACAAUCUCAAUGUGUCAAACCUGCACGGUUGAAAACUUCCACAGACUUGAGAAGUACAAAGGUAUUGACUCUAGGGCCAAAACUGCAAGGUGCAAAAUCUAUGGAAUUUAACCUUGGGUCUCAUGGUCAGUGUAUGAAAACCCGUGAGUUGUCCCCAGGAACAGAGCUGCAAAAAGGGAAAAAUAUUUCAACUUCAGCGCCACAGCUUCAAGAUAUAAAAGCUAUGGAGUUAGACCAAGGGUCACAGCUUGGAAGUAAGAAGUCUGUUAAGUGGAUUCCAAUAACCGAAUUCCAAAAUCUGAAAUCUGUGCUAAAUCUUGAGUCACAAUCUCAGGGUGUCACAGCUCUACAGUCAAAAUCUUCAAUACAGUUAAGAGAUGUGAAAACAUCUGAGUUGACGCAAAGGUCAAAGCUCAGAGGUAUACAACCUUUGGUAUCACUCCAGGAAUAUCAGCCUCAAGACUUUAAAACUAUUGAUUUUAAAUCUGGGCUGCAGUUGAGAAGUACAAAAUCAUGUGACCCAACUUCAAGGUCAAAACUCUGUGAUAUAAAAACAAUGAUGUACAAACCUGGAUUUCAUUUGCAAGAUUUAAAAUCUUCUGAAUUGACCCCAGGACAGUUGCAAGAAGUGAAACCCUUGGAAUCAUUCCUAGAAACAGAAUCUGAAGCUGUGAAGUCUCUAGUGCAUACACAAGAGCCACAACUUCCAGGGGUGAAAUCAGGAAUAAUAAGCCAAGGGCCACAAUUACAAAAUGAUAAACUUGCAGAGCUGAACUCUGUAAUAUACUUGAAAAGUAUGAAGUCAUCUGAAUUAGCUUCUCAGACAAAGCCUCAAGGCACAAAAUCUGAGGAGUUCAACUCUGGGCCCCAGAAGCAAAGUGUAAAAUGUUCUAAGUUGACACCUGAGACAAAGUCCCAAUAUAUGAAAGGUACUGAGUUAAGCCCCAGUUCACAGUUGAAAGGUAUACCAUUUUCUGAUUUGACCAUGAGGACCAAGAUUCAAGGUGUCAAAUCUAUAGACUCCAAACCUAGGCCACGUUUGCCAGGUGUAAGAUCUAAUGAGCCGAUAGUUAGGACAAAGCCUGAAGAAGUGAAAUUGGUGGAGUUAAAAUUGGGUCCGCAGUUACAAGAUGUGAAAUCUUCUAGAUUGAUCACGGGUAUAAAGCUUCAAGAUGUAAAAUCUAUGGAUUUCAGUUCCAGAUCACACUUACAAGGUGUAAAAUCUUCUGAAGUGAUCACAGGGAGAAAGCUUCAAGAUGUGAAAUCUGUAGAAUUCAAACCUACUCCAAAGUUGCAAGGUGAGAAAUCUGAUUUGACCCUGGGGAGGAAGUAUCUAGGUAUGAAAUCUGUAGGACUGGACUCAGACCCCCAGUUACAAGAUAUGAAAUCUUCUGAGCUGAUCAUGGGUAUAAAACUUGGAGGUAUAAAAUCUGUGGAGUUCAGUCCUAGAAAAUACUUUAAAAGUAUAAAAUCUUCUGAGGUGAUACCAGGAACAGAAUUUCAAGUUGUAAAAUCAGUGGACUUCAACUCUGGACCACAAAUACAAGGUGAAAAAUCUUCUGAGUUGGUUCAAGGGAUGGAGUUUCAAGAUGUGAAGUCUGUAGAGUGUGACCAUGGUUCAAAGUUACAAGGUGUGACAUCUGAGUUAAUACCAGAAACAAAGCUUCAAGGUGCGGAAUCUGUGAAAUUCAACUCAAGCCCCCAGUUGCAAGAUGUGAAAUACUCUAAGCUGAUUCUGGGGACGAAGUUUCAAGAUUUAAAAUGUAGAGAGUUCAGUUCUGGACCAUACUUACAGGGUGUGAAAUCUUCUGAAGUGAUCCCAGGGUCAAAGCUUCAAAAAGAAAAUUCUGUGGGGUUAAUUCCUCAGCCACUGUGGCAAGAUGUGAAAUCUCUUGAAUUGUGUCUAAGUAAGGUACAAGAUAGGAAAUCUUUGGGGUUCAACUCAUUCCCACAGUUCCAAAACAAGGAAUUAUCCAGGUUGACACCAUGUAUGAAAUCUAUGGAAUUUACCCCGGGGGCAAAGUUCCAAAGUGUGAAAUCUGAUUCCACAAAUCUUCCAACAGAGGUCAACCGUGGCUCAGAAUUACAGGUAGUAAAACACUCUGAGUUGGCCUUGGAAUCAAAGAUUCAUAGUAUGGUAUCUUCUGAAUUCAGUACUGGAAAUCAGCAACAAGAUGAGAAAUCUCAUAAAUUGAGUCAAUGGCCACAGUUUCAAAGUGUAAAUUUUAUGGUUUUCAAUCAUGGGCCACAUUUGCAAGGGAUAAAAUCUUCUACUAAGCUUCCAGAUGAGCAAUCUCAGAAAUUUAAGCAUAAGCUUAAAUUGAAAGGUGGGAAAUCCUCUGAAUUGAAUCUAGGUUCACAGACUCAGUAUAAAAAAUUUAUGGCAUUCCACACUGGGCCACAGUUAGAAAGUACAAAAUCUUCUGAGUUUAUGCCUGGGCCAGAGUUUCAUGGAAUAAAAUCCCAGAUGUUCUGCCUUGAACCACAUUUUCAAGGAGUGAAUUCUUCUGCAUCCCUUCCAGAGCCCAAACCUCAGUGUGAAAAUUCUACUGGGUGCCACCCUGGGCCACACUUUCAAGGUGUGAAUUCUGCAUCCCUUCCAGAGUCCAAACCUCAGUGUGAAAAUUCUACUGGGUGCCACCCUGGGCCACACUUUCAAGGUGUGAAUUCUGCAUCCCUUCCAGAGCCCAAACCUCAGUGUGAAAAUUCUACUGGGUGCCACCCUGGGCCACAUUUUCAAGGUGUGAAAUCUUCUGAGUUAACUCCGAUUUCAAAACUUCAAAGUUUAAAGUCUUGUGAGUUGAAUUCAGAGACAGAUAUUAAAAUUGAGACAACUAUGAUAGUUAAUUCUGGACCACAUUCACAGGAUUUGAAAUCUGAAUUGACUCCAGGGUCAAAAUUUCUAGGUUUUUCACCUGUGGAAAUUAACCCUGGAUCACAGGUACACUAUGUGGAUUCUUCUGAAUUGAAUUCAGGUCCAAAAUUGGAAUUUAUAAAGUCCAUGGAAUGCAAAGGUGGGCCAUACUUGCAAGAUAUUAACACUUUUGAAUUGACUUCAGGAAUAAAAAUUCCAAGUAUUAAAUCUGAAUUUCACCCAGGGCCAGAGUUUGAAGGCAUAGAAUCUGUUGUGUUCAACACUGUGCAACAUUUACAAGAUAUAAAAUGUGAAUUGACUCCAGGGACAAAGUUCCAAAGUAUAACACAAAGAGAGUUCAACUCUGAUUCACAACUUCAAGGCAUGAAUUCUGAGAAGUUGCCUUUACACCUCAAGCAGCACAGUGUGAGAAAAGUGGUGUUUGCACCAAAGCCAUAUUGUCAGGCUGUGACAUCUCUGAAGUGGAAACCAGGGUCACAACUUCAAAGUAUGAAUUCUUUAGCAUUGACAUCAUGCCUCAGGUCACAAUGUGUUAAAUCUAUGUUCUUCACACCAAAGUCAUGUUUUCAAAAUGCAAAACCUGUGGACCUGAGGCCAAGGUCCCAGCAAUAUGAAGAUAUGGAUUGCCAAGAGUUGACUUUAGGUGUAAAAUCAGUGGUGCUGACACCAAAGCCAACUAGUAAGUUCCUACCAGGACCAGCAUUGACUAGUGUCAAAUUUUCAAAUUUGUUUCCAGAAUCACAGCAACAAGGUGUGAAAACUUUGGAGUUUACUCCAGAGCCAAAGUUGCAAAGUUUAAAACAUGUGAAAUUGUCUUCAGUGUCACUGCAGCAAACUGUAAAAUCUGUGGAGUUAGCGCCAAGAUCACCGCCUCAAAGACAGGAAUCUGGUAACCAAACUCCAAGAAGUUUUCAAAUCGCAGAAUCCUCCAAAGUAAUCUCUAGACCAGGGAAACAGUUUGUAGAAUAUGCAGAGAUGAUUCCAAAGCCAAGGCAGCAAGUCCCUACAUCUGUGAAUUUGAAUUCAAUAUCAAUUUACCAAGCCACAGAAUCUUCAGAUAUGACACAAGGGUUGGCACAAAAAGACAUAGAAACAGUGGAGAAAUAUGUGGGGUUGACCUCAAAGCCAAUAGAUAAAGCUAUGGAAUUUUCAGGAAUACCUCUGCAGCUAGAUCUUCAAGUAUCAGAAUCUGUUGAUCUGGCUUCAGUGCUAAGGGAUCGAGGUUCAAGAUCCUUAAAAUUAACCUCAGAGAAAAGUUACCAAAUCCCAGAAACUCUGGGGAUGCUCUCUCAAUCAUGGCCUCAAGCUAAGGAUUUUGGGGAGUUAUAUAUAAAACCAUUACAGCAAGUUAUAGAACCUGAAGGGAUGACACCAGAGUUCAAGCAUCAUGCUACAGAAGAUACAGGGUUGAUCUGUAAAGCAAGGUUGCAAGGGAAGGAAUUUCUUGGACCAAACUCAAAGUCAAUAAGUCAAACUACUGGAUAUGUAGAGAAAUCUCCAAGGCACUGUCCUCAAACUUUAGAACCCGUGGGGAUGAUCUCUGAGAAAAGAUCGCAAAGGGAAAAAACUGAAAUAUUGUUGCCAAAGUCAUUACAUCAUGUCCCAGAUUCUGCUUCAGGGAUGAUACCACAGUUAGGACAUCAAGGUCCUGAAUCUGUGGAGCUAAGUUACAAGGAACCUAUGGAACUGACCCCAAAGUCACAACAUUAUGUGGGAUCUUCAGGAAUAACAUUAGGGUUAGGACAUAAAGUCCCAGAAUCUGUAACUCUGACCUCUCAGCCAUCACUGCAAGUGGAGGAAUCCUUAAAGUUGGCUCCAAAGCAAAGAAGUCAAGUUAUGGGACAUGCAGAAUCUAUAGAGUUCAACUCUGAGACAUGGCAGCAAGGUGAGGUAUCAAUUGGGCUAACAAAGUCACAGAAUCAAAGUAUGAAAAAUUCAGGGAUAGCUCCAGCAGGACCACUGGGUCAAAUUAUAAAAUGUAUGAAGAUUAGUCCAAAACCACUGGAUCAAAUCACAGAAUCUGCAAGUACAAAGAUUCAAGUUGCUCCAUCAGUAAGGGUGACCCCAGAACCUCCCCCCAAAAUUGUUGAAUCUGUGAAAGUGACCUCUAGGCCACCAAUUCAACUUGCGGAAUCUAUGGCAAAACCAGGGCCAAGCCCUCAAAUGACAGAAAAUGUUGAAUUGACUCCAAAACACCAAGAUGUAAAAUCUUCAGGGUAUACCUCAAGCCUGUGGUUACAGAAUACGAAAUGUAAGGAAUUAAUCACAGAGCCAACACAUCAAAUUUUGGAAAAGACUGUAUUAACCCCAAGGCCACCAUGUCAAGUCGUAAAAUCUGAGGAACUAGCACCAGGACCAGCUCCUCAGUUUGUAGACCCAAUAGGAGUAGCCAGGGGAUCAGAGAUUGAUGUAACAGAUUGUUUGGAUUUACUCCCAGCACCAUAUCUUCAAGAACUGGUAAAACCUGUAAAUUUAACUCCCAAGCCAAGUAUUCGAGUGAGGUCUGCAGAAUUAACCUCAAAACAAACAUCUCCAUUUGAGGAACCUACAAUAUUGACUCAUGAGCAAAGGUUGCAGUCUGCAAAAUCCACAGAGAAAAAAACAGAGCCUCCUGAAGUUAUUAAAUCUGAGGAUUUGAAUCAAGGACAGGUAUGUCAGAAUUGGGACUCUAAGGAAUCCAUGUCAGAAGAAGAGUUACAAGAAAGUGAUUUUUUCUUUGAGUCCCUAACCAGCUCUUCGGGCCCACUCAUUUCAAGUUCUGUCCAAACAUCUGAGUUAGGAAGCCUUUGGGGUUCUGGGAUGUUAGAAAUAUCAAGAGCUUUGGAUAUGAAGAAUCUUGGGACAUAUAUUUUGCAGCCUGAAGAGUCCUAUAGUGACUCUGUCAUGAUACAGUCGUCACCCCUUCCCCUGGACCUUCAUAAUAAACCCUCUGAUAAGACAGAGAACACUGUGGAAAUCCCACACCCUGAAACUAUGGGAGUGGAUAUCACAUCUAAGGAGAGAACUAAGAGGAAGCAGAUGGAGGAGUUAGAGGACUCACUCCAGAGCCAUUCACAACAUCCAUCACAAAGACGGAGAUCACCAUCUGGGACAUGCCAGGGAGGAUCAUGGUCUCAAAGAGGUUCUAGCCGGUCUUUCCUGGGCAGACAACAGAAUGUCUGGGAGAAUCAUGUCUAUAGGCAGCGACUACAGAAAUAUCUCUCCGCUAUGCUAAUGCUAGGGAAUGUCUUGGUGACUACUAUGGAAAGAAAGCUUUGUUCUCGAACACAUUUAGCAGAAAAGGCCACUGCAGAUAUCUGUCAAUCUAUUCAGAAUUUAUUUGGGGUUCCAGCUGAACUGAUGCAAUUUUCCCAGAGCCUGCUAGAGAAUGGUCCAUAUACUAUUUCACAGCCUUCAGUGGUCAAAAAUUACAUUCAGAGACAUACAUUAGGCCAUGGUCAUGAACAAAGAAUGACUCUAAGGAUGUGGACACGUGGCUCCAUAUCUUCCAUAAUACAGCAAUACUCUGGGGCCAGAUUGGGCAUAAAGAAAACAGACUCAAAGCAAAGUAACAUAUCCCAGGAAGUCACUCAGCAUAUGCCUAUCUCAUGCGUAGGAGGCGAGCUUCCUGCCCUAGUAAAGUCAGAAUCUUCUAUCAGGAUAUAUUACAAUAGGGAGGAUCCUGUUUCCCUGGAAGAGAGUGAAAACUCACAGAGUGGUUCAGAAACAAGAAUUUUUGAGUCCCAACACUCCUUCAAGCCAAGUUAUCUUUCUCAUGUAAAGACUGACUUCUCAGAACAGUUCCAAAUGCUACAAGAUCUACAGCUAAAAAUAGCAGCAAAACUCUUAAGGAGUCAAAUACCCCCCAAUGUACCUCCACCUCUAGCUUCAGGUCUUGUCCUGAAAUACCCUAUCUGCCUACAGUGUGGCCGAUGUUCAGGAUUUAAUUGCUGUCAUAAAUUACAGACCACUUUUGGGCCUUAUCUUCUUAUCUAUCCACAGCUCCACCUUGUAAGCACUCCUGAAGGCCAUGGCGAGAUUCGAUUGCAUCUUGGCUUUAGGUUGAGGACUGGAAAAAGACCCCAAGUUUCAAAGUAUCAUAGAAGAGACAGACCCAUGACACCAAGGAGUCCUAUAUCAUCAUCAAAAAGGAAAGCCAAAAUGUAUACUCCAGCUUCUAAGAAUCCUACUCCUACAAGAGAUUUCCAAUCUAGAGCUUUCCAGUCCCCUGCUCCUGUACGAGUCCAUACCAAGCAAAGGCAAUGGGGUCACCCUGGUCUAGUAGGAAAGACAGAAAUUGGAGAGUUUGGGCAUUAUGAAUUCUCUCAUGUGCACUCCCUAUCAGAGAGUGACUCUGAAAGCUAUCAGGAUGACACAUGGGCUCAAGUGAGGACGAAAAAAACCUGGGAUUCAAAAUUCCCAGUGAAAAGAACCAACAAGGGACUGAGAACACCAAACACAUGCAGUGGAACCACAAUAGAGAGUCCCUCUAAGGAAAUACCAGCCUCUUUAAGAAGAAAGAGGACUGUAGCAGCCCACUCAAGUACUGCUUCUUUAAGAAGACAAACUAAGAAAUCCUCCCAGCCCAAGUUCCUGCAGCUGCUUUUCCAGGGCCUCAAGCAGGCAUUCCAAACAGCAUGCAGAAUGAUGGCUUUUUUGGGACCGAAGCCUGAGGAUAGGACAAGGCCAGAUUUGUGGUCAAGCAAAUACUAUGAUCCAAAACAAAAAGCCAGGGACUACUGUUCACCCAAAGAGAGUAAAGGUGACGGGCUACCAGCUGUCAAGCAGAGGCCAACGAGUCCAACCACCAAGCAGGAGGAUAUAGUGUCAGAAGGCACAAACCCAAGCAAAGAAGCUCAUCAGCCAGAGAGAGGAAGCUCUUUGCAAUCGAGACCUCUCCAGCCGCCCAAGCCCGCGGCUUCCCAAGGCGCUAGUACUGUCCAAACGGCCGUCUUCAUGCAGCCUUUGGGCCAAGUCCAAAGUGAGAGCAGCAGCAGAGCAAAGAAAAACUUGCAGAGAGGUGAAAUUUCCAGCCAGGAGUCCAAGAACCUGAUCGGGUCAGAAGCCAGGUUGCAGGCCGCCUCCGCGAAAAGCUGCAGCAGAGAGAAGCACCCGCCCCAGGAGGGGACCCUGCCCCCGAGGGACAGCGGCCCGCGGAAGCCCUCUGAGGGGAGCCAGCGCAGUCCCUCCGAGAGGACCCUGUCCAGUGUCUCGGAGAGGAGCCAUCGGAGACCCUCAGAGGGGGGACAUCACGGUCCCUCAAAGAGGAGCCAUCACAAGGCCCCAGAGAGGAGACGCUACAGGCCCUCAGAGGGGAGUCAUCUCAGUUCCUCAGAGAGGCCACCUCGCAGUCCGUCAGAGAAGAACCAUGCCAGUCCCGCAGAGGGGGCGUGUCACACUCCCUCGGAGGGGGGAUGUCGCAGUCCCUCAGAGAGGAGCCUUCACAGUCCCUCAGAGAGAAAACGUCACAGUCCCUUAGAGAGGAAUCGUCGCAGUCCUUCAGAGAGGAGUCGUCGCAGUACCUCGGAAAGGAGCCGUCCCAGUACCUCGGAGAGGAGCUGUCGCAGUCUCUCGGAGAGGAGCCGUCCCAGUACCUCGGAGCGGAGCAGGCGCAGUACCUCGGAGCGGAGUCGUCCCAGUACCUCGGAGCGGAGCAGGCGCAGUACCUCGGAGCGGAGCCGUCCCAGUACCUCGGAGCGGAGCAGGCGCAGUCUCUCCGAGAGCCGUCCCAGUACCUCCGAGAGGAGCCAUGCCAGUCCCUCCGAGAGGAGCCGGCGCAGUCCCUCAGAGAGAAAACGUCAGAGCCCCUCCGAGAGGAGGUGUCGAAGUCCCUCCGAGAGGAGACUUCGCAGCCCCUCCGAGAGGAGCCGUCGAAGUCCCUCCGAGAGGAGCCGUCGCACUCCCUCCGAGAGGAGCCAUCGCACUCCCUCGGAGAGGAGCCGUCGCACUCCCUCGGAGAGGAGCACACUCCGUCGCUCGGAGAGAAGAUGUUUCGGUCCCUCAGAGAGAAGCCAUCUCGGUCCCUCAGAGAAGAGCCGCGACAAUUUCUCCAUGAGAUCCCUUCGCAGUCCCUCCGAGAGUAGAGGACACAGUUCUGGGGGGACCCUUCCCAGGCCCUCUGCGAGAAGCCGGCACAGUCCCUCUGAGAAGACUCAUCCCAGCACCACUGACAGAACCUGCCACCGUCCCUCUGAGAGAAGUCGAGACACUCAUUCUAAGAGGAGACACCGCAGUCACUCUGGGAGGCGACACCGCCGUCACUCUGGGAGGAGACACCAAAGUCACUCUGAGAGGAGCCACCGCAGUCACGCUGAGGGAACCCAUCAGAAUCUCCCCAAGGAGGGACUCAAGCACAGUUCCCCCGAGGAGAGGCCCAGACACAGUCUGUCCAAAGAUCCCAAGAGUUACUCCAGCAUGCUCCCACCGACCACACGGAGGACUUCCAGAGCAGGACGAGUCUGGAGAACCCGAGCUAGGCGAUGAGCAGAGAUCCGCCCCUGUCAUGAACUGUCUUCCUCACAUUUCACCCUUUCCUGCUCAGCCACUGCCUCCAACUCCUGCACCCUCAGCAAUGAAAGGGCGUCUAGAUCUCUAACCUGGGGGUGGCGGGGCAGAGAAUGAGCCUGUAAUUUCUCUUAAGAUCAAUAAAGGGGCAAU